AUGUCUGAAUCGUCGACGUACGAGUACUACCAAAUUCAAGCCCGAUUUCCGGCCAAAGACUCCAAUCCUGAUGAUGGCAUUCAUCGUAAGGUUUUUGUCCGGCAGGAUAUCGACGAAUGGAGUGCCGUGAAGUCCAACAAAAGGCAAGUCGAUCUUUUCAUCCUCGCUCUGGACAGAUUUCAGAAGUUAGACCCCAAAGAAAGACUGUCUUACUUUCAGGUCGCCGGAAUCCAUGGACAACCAUUUGUACGAUGGGAUGAUCCUAGCCCAGAGCCCAUGAAAAAUGCUUACUGCUUCCACUCUCAUGUGAUAUUUCCUAUUUGGCAUCGGCCUUAUGUGCUUCUGUUUGAGCAAAUCGUGUACGACAUCAUGAUAAGGGAGAUCAUCCCUCAAUUUUCGGAAGCCCAUCAAGCAUCCUGGCGUGAACAAGCCGAGUCAUGGCGUCUUCCCUUCUGGGACUGGGCGCGAAAUGGCCGUGUCCCUGACUUGGCAAAAUACCCUACCAUCACUGUUCCCAGGCCCGAGGGCGGAUCUAUUCGAAUCAACAAUCCUCUAUUCCAGUUCCGCAUGCCUACAGACAAGCCUAUGCGAAGCGAGGGCGUCGGCACUGAGAACACAUGGGAAAAUGACACUGAACAGGAAGAGUACAAGAAUUUUGGCAAUGCAAUCGGAACCAGCCGUUGGCCUGAUGAAGAGGACCAGAAUCCAAGAAGUGAAGGCUGGCGGCAUGGUGUAGUCAAUAAUCGCAAAGUGGCAGAUGCCUUCAACUCUCACGAAGGAUACAAUAACAAAAAUCAUGGUCCUGCGGCUGAAAUGGUGUAUCGACUGCUUACUGUGCCCAUGGACUACACUACAUUUGCAAGCACAAAUCCAACCUCCAAAGAUCAAAAGGUCGAUGAGGACUUGAACAUAGAAUAUGGAGCCUUGCAUCUCUCUAUGUAUUGUGCAUUACACUUGGUCGCUCAAAAUACUAACAAACUCGGAAGUCACGGCUGGACAGGUGCUGCAGGACACAUGGGAAAUGUACCAGUUGCAUCUUUUGACCCGUUGUUCUUCUUGCAUCACUGCAACAUCGACCGUCUAUUUGCAAUCUGGCAAGCUCUCAACCCGGACAAGUGGAUGAAUAACAUUCCUGCAGACAAUGCUACCAUCCGUGAUUCAUUUGGUAAAGAGCAUAUCGUGGAUGGGAACACGCCUCUUCAGCCGUUCCGACGUGAUGCUGAAGGAAAUUAUUGGACCCCCGAAGCAGUUCGAUUUCCCUCCAAUCUGGGAUAUUCCUACCCAGAGCUGCUACGGUGGGAGAGUAAAUACCGUCAAGAGGACGGAACACUCAACCAAGUUCUGUUCAAUGAGAACAUCAACACCAUCGUGAAUAAAUUAUAUGGUGUGUCGCGUGAUUUGGUAUUGGAUCCUAAAGCUCCGACCCCAGAGGGCGUUGAGGCAAUUGACGGGGGGCUUAAAAUUACUGACUUUGCCUUCAGUGUUCGAUUCUUGAAAUACGCGUUGGGAGGGCAACCUUUCUGGGUCAAAUUGUAUCUUGCCCAGGAGGACGGCAUACAAAGCCCACUGAGAGACUUGAUCGCCGAGGUAUAUAACUUUAGCCAAAAGCCCGAACUGGAUGGGUCUUCAGUCUGCGGGAACUGCACACAAGGACAGAAUUUGCGUGUCAAAUCAACCGCUUACAUCCCAAUUACCCCCGUCCUUUACAAGCUUCUCAGGGGUGGACGUAAACUAAAGUCCUUGACUCGCGACGAAGUUUUGACGUACAUCAAAAAGCGCGCAUACUGGCGGGUAUUCAAGAACGAGAGAGAGUUACCUCGCUACGAGGUUGAAAAGCUGGAUCUAGAGAUUAUUGGCAGCAGCAAUGACACGAAGCAUUUCACCAAUCCCGCUACUUUACCGGCGUUUGAAAACUUCAAGAAAGAGCCUACAAUCACCGGUGGUGCUGAUGGAGCUCUGGAUCCAGAGCUCAAGCAGCCGAAGAUUGACCCUCCGGCUCCUCGACCGAAACGACCAAGAGCAAAUCUCCCUCUUUAUGGAAAUCUCCGCUUCCAGCAGACACUCAAGACCGACAGCGUCAUUCUCCUCGAGUCGUCAAGCGUGGAUCCUAUUAAGCCCGAUGAUGGCGUGGACAUGACUCAGAUUUCAAUCAUGGAUGCAGAGAAAGAUAUUAUUCUCCACAUCUCCAUUCGCCGAGCUCAAGGUGAAAUCAUUUUCAAUGCUAAGAUCGGUGGAUCAUGGGGUCCGGAGAAACGGAUCGACAUCGACCGUAGAUUCAGCAGUAAAGAUGGUGCGACAAUUUUAAUCCACGACCAAGGAGAAGGGUUCGAAGUUUCCAUUGAUUGGGUCCACGCUAUUUGGUUUGAGAAACGUGCUCAGGGCAGAACACCACAGUCUAUCCAGUACGAUAUUCAUAGCAAAGACGGAACAUCUGCUUUAUCCGAAGAUCUCGAAGUGCGCACUUAUCCUUCGAUGAAAGCAUUAUUCCUUCAAAAACAUGCACAUGAGGAGGAGAAGUGA